AUUUACAUUGUGUACAUGGGCGCUGCUACUUCCCCAAAUGGUUCCCCAAGGGCCGAUCACCAUCACCUUCUCAACUCUGUCUUAAGAAGGAAAAGAAACGCAGUGAUACGCAACUAUAAAAAGGGCUUCUCGGGCUUCGCAGCUUGGCUGUCAAAGGCAGAGGCAGAAUCAAUUGCUCAGCAACCAGGAGUUGUAUCCGUAUUUCCUGACGUGCUCUUACAGCUUCACACAACUCAUACAUGGGAUUUCCUCAAACAUCAAUCUAAUUUACAAAGCGAUGCUAAUUUUGGCCCCUCCUCAUCAUUUGAUUCAAAAUCUUAUGGAUCGGACACCAUUAUUGGCUUCUUGGAUACAGGCAUUUGGCCAGAAUCAAAAAGUUUUGACGACAAGAAUAUGGGUCAAAUUCCAUUACGGUGGAACGGAGCCUGCGUCGAAGGAGUUCACUUCAAUUCCUCCAACUGUAACAAAAAGCUAAUUGGAGCAAAAUAUUAUGUUGACAAUACACCUAGAGAUUUCUUCGGCCAUGGCACACAUGUGGCAUCAACUGCUGCAGGGGCAGUGAUUCCUAAUGCAUCAUAUUAUGGGUUGGCAUCAGGGACUGCCAAGGGUGGGUCAUUCAAUUCAAGGAUUGCGAUGUAUAAAGUAUGUUCGCUCCAAGGGUGUCCUGCCAAUGCUAUAUUGGCAGCAUUUGAUGAUGCAAUCGCAGAUGGCGUUGAUAUAUUGUCUGUGUCACUUGGUCCGGGGUCAUUUCCACCACCUGAUGUAUCAAAUCCAGUGGCGAUCGGAGCAUUUCAUGCAGUAGAGAACGGGAUUACUGUGGUUUGCUCAGCAGGGAAUAGAGGACCCUAUGCUGAAACAGUCACAAAUGAUGCUCCAUGGAUCCUAACUGUUGCUGCGUCUAGUAUUGACAGAAAGUUCGAGUCCAGUGUUGUGUUAGGUGGAAACAAAGUCUUCAAGGGAGAAGGCAUACAUUUUUCUACUAUGAAAAAUUCUCCCGUGUAUCCAUUGAUUUAUGCUAAAUCGGCCCAGAAAGUUUCUAGUAACGAAGGUGACGCAAGAAAUUGCAAAGAAAAUUCGCUAGAUAGGAACAUGGUGCAAGGCAAAAUUGUUCUUUGUGAUAAUGAUGGCGAAUAUUACUCCUUGGCAAUGAAAUUGCAAGAAGUUAAGAAGCAAGGAGGAAUUGGAUUAGUUUUGGUGGAUGACCAAAGAACAGUCGUUGCUCUAGCUUACGAUUCUAUUGCAAUGACAGUAAUUACUUCAAAGGAUGCUUCAGAGAUCCGAUCUUAUCUCAAUUUAACUAGAAAUCCAGUGGCCACAAUUCUACCUACUGUUACAGUGACAAAAUACAGGCCUGCACCAACUGUUGCAUACUUCUCAUCAAGAGGCCCUUCAUUUAACAUACAAAACCUACUCAAGCCUGAUAUUGCAGCACCGGGGGUGAACAUUUUGGCAGCAUGGAUUGGCAAUGAUGCAUCACACACUCCAGAUGGGAAGGAGCACCCACAAUUUAAUAUAAUCUCAGGAACUUCAAUGUCUUGUCCACAUGUUACAGGAAUCGCUGCAACAAUCAAAUCUCACAACCCUACAUGGGGUCCUUCGGCAAUUAGAUCUGCCAUUAUGACAACUGCGAAUCAAAUGAACAACUUGGGGGCUCAAAUAACAACUGAUUCAGGUUCUCAAGCCACUCCUUAUGAUUAUGGUGCAGGGGAGCUAAGCCCGUCAAGAUCUUUACAGCCAGGGCUAGUUUACGAGACGGAUUCUAUUGAUUACUUGCACUUUCUUUGUUACCAGGGAUAUGAUUUGUCCAAAAUUAAAUUGAUCUUGCCAUCGCUACCUAAUGGAUUCACUUGUCCCAAUAAUUCAGCUGUUGAUUUAAUCUCCAAUAUCAACUACCCAUCAAUAGCCAUCUCCAAAUUUGACGGGAAAAAUAGCAAGAUUGUAAAUAGAACUGUGACAAAUGUUGGGACUAAGGAAGAAACAAUCUAUACUGCUAGGAUUGAGGCACCUAGCGGAUUGAAAGUCAAGGUGGUACCCGAGAAAUUGCAAUUUAAAAAGAAUAUAAAGAAGUUGAGUUUUCAAGUAAUUUUCUCAUCCUCAAACCCUUUUGCAUUCAACAGCAAAGCAUUUGGGUCAAUUACGUGGACUAAUAGGAAGUAUAAAGUCCGAAGUCCAUUUGUUAUUAGCAAUUGAUGCAGAUGAGUAAGCUUUGUAUAACGUUCGUUAUAUCCUAUUUGUCUCAUCUCCUAAUAAAAGCACUAUGCCAUAUGGAUUGAUAAAACAAUCCUACUAAUUUAGUGCACAAUGAGGCAAAAGGAUAUAAGUUCACACAACCAUCCAUAAUAACUAAAUGCCAAAACUUCAAUAAUGUUAAUUUUGUCGUAGUUGAUAUGGUGCCAUAUGUAAAGGGAAAUGUGUAUGAAGCUCAAAAGAGGCAAAUGUACUUGAGAAAUAAUAAUAUUAAGUUAAUGUUGUAGUAUACUUUUGAACCUCAUCCAAUAUGUAGAAAUGUGAGAAUAGAUGCAUUAGCUCUACUUUAUUAUUUUUUGUAUGGUCAAUCUUUAUAAAGAAAGGAUACCAGUGGUGGUUUUCAUAAGAAACUUGAAAAUUAGGAGACCGAAAAAGAUAGCUAUAUUGGAGAGAAUGGUAAUAAAUAAAGAACAUUUGACCUAAUUUUAAUCAUCCCAUUAUAGAGCAAACAGUAGUCGUGUUAGGCUCCUCUCCUCUUCCAUACUAGUGUUAAGUAGUCCAAAAUAAAAAGAUGGGUGAGCUCGAGCGAAAUGGAGGACAUCCUCGAGGGCACAACCUUGUGCCUAGAUACUUGCACCAAGUCCAUAAUUAGAGACUCUAAAUUUGUUAGAAAAAGACUCUUUUUCUUAUGCUUUGUCAUUUUUCCCUAAACAAAUCAUGACAAAUUUAAACAUUUUAGUUUACGCUUAGUUUCAUUAUUUUGGCUCUUUGGAAAAUUUUCGAGCUUGUGCUAUACAAUGAGAGAUUAUCCAUCUCCAA